AUGACAGAAACAGUCGGGCUAGCAGCAACAGGACCCAGAGGUGGUCAGGGUGGUGGCAGCAGGACAGGCACCGGACAGGCUAUUGGCCGCGCUAUCUCAAGCCGGCGAUCCGCUGGACAGGCCAAAGAGCCGCAAGGGUUUUCAGGGCGCUGUCGGGGCAGUCUGGCACUGCGAGGUUCAGCUCCAGCGCCCGUGGCUCAGGGCCAUCAUAUCCCCGGCUCCACUGAAACCGCCCAAGACGCCGCUGAAGCGCUCCCUGCAACUGCCACUGCAACGGCCACCGCAGCAACAACAGCGGCCCGCCUCGCCAAAGCCCGCCUCCCCGUCUCGUCGAGCGUCUCAUCCUCAACGGAUCCCCAGUGGCCCUCGUCCGCCUCCUCGCCGCCCUCGCCGUCCCUCCUCCAUCGACCGCCUAGGACCUACCUCCGGACGCGAGCCUCGUCCUCCCUCGCCGCCGCGCCUACUCGUCCUCUCUCCCACGCCGCCACCACCACCACCCCCGUCACCGCCCGCCGUUCUCGCCGCCCGUCCGACGACUCGGCCAUCUCCCUCGACGACUACCACCACAGCAGCAGCUCGCCCCCGCCAGGCUCCUCGCCCCCCUCCAGCGUCGGCCACGAUCGUCAGCCAUCAUCGCCCUCGGCCGCCGCCGACUCCAAGACGGCCUCUUCGGCAUACCGUCGCCGUCGCCGUCGCGCCUCGUCCUUUGACCUCGCGCCCGCCGCCAGACCGCGUCCGCGUGCCUACUCGGAUCAGGGGCCGCGUUCUGACGACGUCUCCCGCCCGCCCCAGGCCUUUUGCCUACGCCGCUCCUCGAAUCCUGAACCGCUGGUCGGUCCUGAUUCCCGCCUCUCGCCCUCGUCGUCGCACUCGAGCCUCCGGUCCAGAUCCUCCCGCGAGCCCGCCUCGUGCAGCGCCAAGGGCGUCUCGACCUCGACCGGCCCGCCGCUGUCCAUCAACACCCGUUUGCUCGACGGGGCCGCCCACGACGCCAGAAACGCCGCCCUCCACCAGCACCACCAGCAGCACUACCAGAAUCACGCCCAGCCUCGCCUUAUCGCCGCCUCCCGACAGCUUCUGCCGCUCAAGACGGCCGCCGCCCACGCAUCCUCACCUCCCGAUGAAACCAGGCGCCGCUCCUUUCAACAACACUCGUACCGCCUGUCCCUGACCGGCUCCCUGCCUUCCAACGCGUCGCCCAUCCGUGUUCCGCCCAUCCGCUCCUUUCGGUCCUCGGGCUCUCGCAAGAGCCUACAGAGCGCCGACAUGAACUUUACUCCCCGUCCCUACGACCUCGACGAGAGUGCUGGCCCUUCCAUCUACGACCAGGACCCUGCCCACGCUGCCACUGCCGGCCCCUACGACAGGCAGUCCAGGUUAAUGACCCCGCCCGUCUCAAACCGUCAGGCUGUCAACAGCGAAGAGUCUGGCGACGUGUUUUUGCGUCUCGCCCGCGAAGAUGCCGUAAACCGCUCCGCUAACGGCCGAACCCCCGACGGCACCUAUAGCCCAGUGUCCGCCACGCAUCGCUCCUGGCAUCGUCGGCCGCUGUCCACCAAUCUGACCUCUUCUUACCAGCCGCUCUCACCUCCCAAGCUGAGCCGCAGACUGUCUGAUCAGCAAGAGCGGCCGUUUUUGGGCAACCUGGACGAUGACCAGACCAGCCAAACAUCUCGCAUCUUGCAAUAUCGACCCUUCGGCAGGGAAAAGGCUGCAUCUGCUCAUCCCGGGGAGAGUGCAAGCCAGUUUACCCCGUCACCCCGAACUCACCGCCCACCUCCCGUCUCCUCUCGCUCUCCUGUCUAUCACGACAACUCGGACAACUAUCGUCAUACCCGUCGCCGAUCCUCUGUCACAGAAAGCACACCGCCCAUCUCUGGCAGAGGGCAAACGUACAAGACGGGUGCUGUGCACAACUAUUCCAAAACAUACAACUCGUCGCCUUUGGUGCGUUCAUUCGACCUGCCCCCGCCACAGACCCAAGAGCCUCAAAAUGUCAUCGAAGGCACAGAAUCCACUGCGUCGACUACGGCCCCUUCCACAAUGUGGGACGAACUCGACGUGCUGAAGUCAAGAAUUAAUCGCCUUGAAGUCACUGGAAAGCUGCCUUCUACGUCUGGUGCGGCAGUAACAAAAAUAUCCGACGAGCGGCCCGUUACAGCCGGAACUACAGCCACGACCAAUUCGACCUCACCAAAACGCCAAAUCAACUUGCAAACCGACGAGACGGCGUCCGUUUCCACGCAACGAGAAGCCUAUCCGAUUUUGCAGAAUGCGCUGGCCAACUGCAAGCUGAACCUCAGUUCCCAGGUCUAUCUUGCCUUGGACUGUGUGGCGCAGGACGCGCUGGGCCUAUCGGCCGCCAUGGGCCACGGCCCGAUCCCCAGCGGUGCCAGCACCAUUGGCACCGGAAGCACGGCCACGGAUCGUCAGCUCCGGCGCAAGGCCGAGAGUGUGUGUCGGAGCCUCACCGAGCUAUGCAUCACCCUCAACGACGAGGCAGCCUAUCGAGCAAACACCAGCCAGCAGCAGGUGCAAGCAUUCACACCGGGCACACCCUUGACGCCGACGCUCCCCAAGUCGCACAGCAGCGGCCUGCCUGUUGUUCGACGCUCUAGUGUAAUCGAGGGCAACAUGGCGCUGCCGCACUCGAGCCCACGCGUUAUGUCCAGGUUUGAGGAGCGCCGCCACUCUCUCCUCCUCGCAUCCGGCCCGCCCGUGUCUCUGCACGCUGCCUCCCACGUGUCUGUACCCAGUGAUGUCGCUCUCAACCGCCACUCGUCGCUCCUUGUGUCUCGUACGCGUCAACCCCGCCAGGACGACCCCGACGACGGUCGAGAGUCUGUUCUCUCGCGAACCCGCCGCGCCAUGACGGAAGAGCCCGAGGACCACCGCAAGAGCACCUUUUUAGCCCGCAGCCGUCGUGGCACCGCCGAAGACAUGGACCAGCAGCUCCCCCUGUCACGCUCCCCGACGCGGCGCACCGUGACCAUGGCCUAUCAGCCCGCCAACGAGCACGCCCUCGACAUGGAUGGCACCCCCGACAGGCACGACACGUCAUCGGUCGUGUCGUCGGCUACCUCGCGCCGGCGACUCGUCUCCGACAUGCACCACCACACAUCCCGCCUGGCCGGACCGAUGGGAGCGAGUCCUGCGCCGGCGCGCAAGUAUCUCGAACGAGCCGUCUCGACGCGCGAAGGCGCCGGCACGCCUACGAUGGAGCGCCUCGCACGCCACGCCUCGAUGCAUCAUAGAGCGGGGAGCCAGUCGUCGCGCAGUAAUCGGGAGAGUAUGUUGCCGCGUCCGCCAAAUGGUAAUAUGACCUUGAAUGGAUCGCCAUGA